AUGGAAUACGCCACUGUACUCGACGAAGGAAACAAAGCAGCACAAGCAGUAUUCUCAUUGUUCACCAAUGCGAACACAAUGGACGACAUUGUAUAUGACCACGUCUGGGCCAUGGACGACCAAUUGCAAGCAUGGGCCACCAAGCUGUACGCAUACAACAUAUCGGCACGUGAUCUCGCACUCGCCAAUGGCAUCAACGACCUUGAUUGGGUACAGUCCACCGUUCAUCGCAUGAAUGUGGCCAUCUUUACAACUGCUUUGUGGUCCAAGAGUGAUUAUGCUGCAGCUACGAAUACCUUCUUUCCUGUGUUGAUACCAAAGCAGCUUCAUGGCCGAGACGACAUUAUCGAUGUGUAUCUGGAUACAGUGGCGAGAUGGGCAGUUGUCGAUAUACGCCAUACGAUUGACAAGCAUACGACUCGAGAUGUGAUCGACAAAAUGAAAGCGAGAAUCAUGAGUGAUUUGAGAGAUGAAAGUCGGCCGCUGUGCCAAAGAGUAUAUGAUAUCUUCAUGAAGACAUAUGGAUUUCUGGAUUCGAAACCAUUACAUGAUUUGCGUGCCAUCUUUGAUCCUACGCGAGUGCAAAAGUCAUGGCACAAAGUAUUACCUAUCGUCCUGGAAGCUAUUGAUACCAAGAUUGGCCUUCAACAUGCUGUGGGAAGCGGGAUCCACAAUGCUAUUGUAAUCGACGAAGAUUGA